AUGGAACACUUUGCCAACGUGUCUGUGAAGAUUCAAAACCUCAACCCCGAGGUCGCACUGCACUCCAUGCUUAUGGCACUCAAACCAGGCCCUUUCGUUGAUAGUCUCUACAGAAGACCACCCAACGACAUUGACGAUCUACGGGCACGGGCUGCCAGGUACAUACAGAUGGAGGAGCAUGCCGAGUUUCGCAACAAAAUACGCGCAAAACCAGGCAAUGGUAGCAACACCAGCCAUAAAGAGAAACUCAAGGUCUCCAACGAGACCAACCUCAAACGAUCAUGCCAAGAGGUGGCUAAUACCGAUCUCAUCUCCCUACCACCUUUGGCGCACACCUCGGCAAACGUCGACAAGUCCAAGCACUUCCGGUACCAUCGCAAUUUCGGCCAAACUACAAAAGAGUGUUGGACACUGCGCGACAAAAUCGAAGAGCUCGUACAGGCCGGUCAUCUAGGACAAUAUGUCCAACGAUCCCAAGCCAACAGAGGAGGGCACACCAGACGGGGAUGCGGAAGAGGGCGAGGAUAUCACUCUUGCCACGAUCAAGCUAUCGGGUCCAAACCCAACACCAGGCACGCCGACCAGCCAGAGCCCAACUUAGAACCCAACCAGGCCCUUCUACGAGGUGUAAUCAACACCAUCGCCAGAGGAUUUGCAGGGGGAGGCGCCAACAACUUGGCCCGCAAGCGACAUCUUCGUAGUGUCAACCAUGUCCAAGGUUGA